UUCGGGGAUUCUAUAGAGGUUUAUCAGCGGCGUUAUUAAGACAGGGUAUAUAUACUACGGGAAGACUGGGAAUUUACAAUUGGCUACAGGACUGGUAUUAUGAAACAUUUGAAGAAAGACCACAGUAUCGCACCAUGAUACUAAUGGGAAUGUGCGGUGGCGUAGUAGGUUCCUUCUUUGGCAAUCCGGCUGAAGUGGCACUGAUUCGUAUGACCGCUGACGGCACACUCCCCCCAGAAAAGCGACGGAACUACAAAAACGUUUUCAACGCACUUGGCAGGAUGUGGAAAGAAGAAGGCUUACUAUCAAUGUGGAGAGGCUGUAGUGCGACCAUCGUCCGCUCGGCAAUUGUAAAUGGAACCCAACUUUCCACGUAUACCCAGGUCCGAGAAAUGCUGAAACCUGUUAUAGGCGAUGGUCCUCAUCUAUAUGUUCUAGCAGCUCUGAUGUCCCCCAUUGCGACCACUCUUGUUGUUAUGCCCGUUGAUAAUAUUAAAACUAAGGUUCAAAACGCAAAAGGUAAAGCGAAUCCAAUGAAAAUGUUCACAUCAGUAAUAAAAAACGAAGGGAUAUUAGUUUUCUGGCACGGAAUGAUACCGAU